ACUUGGACCAAGAGCAGAAAGACUUCUCUAGAGCAAGGCCGCAAAGCCUGCUCACCUGUGGUAACCCCGUACUCUAACUACCAGACAGCCUCUAUGCACAUCAACCUGACUGUGGCCGUCAAGGAAUCUCAUGCCUUUCAUGGAACUAAGCCCACUGCUGAUGCCGUGGUAGUGACAGCCAUGGAGUCACGUCAGGUGCUGACUGCCCCUCAAGGACCACCACCUCCUCCUCCUCCGCCUCCUCCCCCACUGCCGCCUGCAUCCUCCUCACCUUUUAGCCGGGCAGAUACUGUAGGUCAGAGUCGGCUGAGGAAGCUGAACUGGGAGCGUAUCCCCAAAGAGAAAGUGGAAGGCAGGAAGAGCGUGUGGAGUGGUGUGGCCCCCGACGAGGAUGAGUUUCCUAUUGACCUCCAUUCUCUGGAUGAGUUGUUUGGGCAGAAGGACAGCAUGCCAAGGGACAGAACCGUGACACUGAGGCGACGUUCGGCGCUGCUACGGUGCAGAUCCCCACAGGCUAGCCUGGGAGAGAUUUUCCUACUGGAUUCCAAGCGCAGCAUGAACAUAGGAAUAUUUCUGCGGCAAUUCAAAAUGCCAGCUAAGGAGAUCAUUGAAGAUAUCAGGCACGGUGUUGGAGAUCGUUAUGGAGCAGAGAAACUCUCAGAGCUCUCCAAACUGCUUCCUGACAGUGAGGAGGAAUGUCGCCUUAGGAGGUUCUGUGGAGAACAGAGCUGUCUCGGAGAGCCUGAUCUUUUCAUGUUGCUUUUAGUGGAAGUUCCCAGUUUUCGACUCCGUCUGGAUGCCAUGAUCCUACAACAAGAGUUUGACCCUGCUCUGACCUCUCUGUGUGUGGCAGCCAGAUGUCUCAGGGAGGCGGCAAGAGAACUGCUGAGCUGUCCCGAAUUGCACUCCAUCCUCCGUCUGGUGCUGAAAGCAGGGAACUACAUGAAUGCUGGUGGAUAUUCAGGGAAUGCGGCUGGUUUUCGAAUUUCAUCACUUCUCAAAUUGGCAGACACCAAAGCCAACAAGCCAGGGAUGAAUUUGCUGCAUUUCGUUGCUAUGGAAGCUGUGAAAAAAGACCAGAGUUUACUGUCUUUUCCCAGCCAACUAGGCCACGUUGGCUCUGCCUCCAGGUUGUGUGAAGAAGCUGUGCUAGAUGACCUGGCAAAGUUAAAAAGCAGAGUGGCUGAACUGAAGUCAAAUGUAGAAAAUGAGACAGAGAUUAAGCAACAGACACAAUCCUUUCUGGAGAGGGCUAAUGAGCGACUGAAAGAGGCGGAUGACGAGGUAGAGGGUAUGAGGAUGUCGAGUCAAGCAUUGAUGGAGUUUUUCUGUGAAGAUGACAGCACUUUCAAGCUAGAGGAGGCGUGCAAGGUUUUCCAUUUGUUUUGCCAUCGGUUCCAAAGAGCUGUUCAGGAAAAUGAGGAACGGGACCUCAAGGAGCAGAAACGUCUAGAAUGUCAACGAAAGAUUGUGGAAAAGCGUCGGUCUCUUGCCGUUUGUACAGGGCUGGACCUGGGGCUGAGUCUUGCCAGAGAGCCUGACUGUCAAGAAAACCAAGAUGAACUGGAGAGACUUUUAGAGAAGAACCUGAACUAUACCUGGAAUCGCCGUAGUCUUAGAACCACUGAUUCUCGUAGAUUCAUGCACCACAUGCAAAAUGACACCCAUCUCAACAGUUCAUCUAUUCUCAAGAGCUUUCCGGUCUUGGGGAGUAGUCCGACAUCCACUGGUUAUCAUUCAAACAGUUCCUCGGACCACGAAACCAGUGCUAUACUUUGCAGUUCGCCAGAGACUGAUGGGGGAUGUUCCCCCUUUGACCAAGAGUCUGUUCUGGAAAGAGGGAUAAAAAUGUCGAAACAGAGAAUGGAGGCAGUAAAAGACUCCCACAUUGCAGUAUUUAGUUAUUCUCAACAUGGAAAAAGCUUCACUAUGAAGCAGUAUGGGCCUGAGAGCAUUUCUUACUCUCUACAUGACCAACUGAAAACAACAGGACACAAAGAAAAGGCAGAUUUUUCUCCUGAAAACAUGACUUUGAACAGUUCUAGUAUAGAGUCUGCUGCUGUAAGCACCAGUACAUCAGCCCAAGGUGUGAAAAGCCAGACCUCUGCUUGCAGACGUAGGCUGUCCAAUAGUAAUUGUUCUACUCAGAGUAAAUCUGGAAGCUCUUCAGUUCAUGAGUCCAAUAACAACUGUGGAACACUUUCUGACAGAAAUACAAAGACUGGGACCAAAUUACAAUCAUCUGCAGAGGAAGUAUCAUUCCAGCCACAGACAAAGUACAGUCCAACAGUUAAAAUAAGUACAACAACAUCUUUACCUGAUGCAAGUUUAACAAAAGACGGAGAAACUGGAGGGUUUUUAACCCCAAUGAAGGAGGACUGGAUGCCCUCCAGUCUGCCAGAGUUUGGUCAUUCACAGCCAAAGGAGGCCUCUGAUUUGCCAACUGCAGAUAAAGAGACUGCCAGGUCAUUCUCACGUGUUGGUGAAACACUGGAGUGCCAUACUCUGGUAAAAGGUUUGCGGUCAUAUGAGAAACUAACUCCCCCAACCUCUCCACUUCCACGACCUUCACCAAGUCUUUGCUCAAAGUGGAGGAAGGAGAGGGAUGUCAACCUGCACGAGGGGAUUGCUCCAGUGUCUAUUGCACCAAAAGAAGAUGCUAGAACUGUGAAGAGCCUGAUGCGUAGUGGUAUUGGGGCAAAGAGGGGGUUUGUGUCACGGACAGUCCCUUCCAACAGCACAGGCAUACCCCGAGUUCACUCCAAAACUGAGCCUUCCAACGGAGCUCCAGCGCCUGCUAACCCACCACUUUCUGCACGUCCGUCCAUUCCCCGCAGCGCUUCAGUUCGCUCGUCUUCUUCUGUUCGACCAACUAUAGCUCAGGCGGAAGUGAAGCGAAGUACCAGUACACGGGAGAGAUUUGUAAAUGAGUCACAGAUUACAGAGAAGUCCACUUUGACUCGGAGGUCUUCAGACAGAACUCCACAAGAGAAGGUCUGUGGCAGCACUCAAUCUACCUUUAUUAGAGGAGCUCCCACCCGUGUGUCCAAACGUGUUGCUCCAAACUCUGAGUGUCAACUGCCAUCCCAGUCGCGGACAGCUAGCAGCCCAUCCUCGGCCACUGCCAAGAACAUACGCACAACUGUCAUUUCAGCUGCCCGCAGUAAAUCAGCUAAGACAACAACCUGUGCCAGCAACUCACCUGCUAACCCUAAAACUCCAGCUGCUUCCCGGAUACCUGGUCUUAAAAUGCCCCGGGCUACUACAGCUCAGCCCUUGUGGAGAUGAUGAAAGGGCUUGCUGUGAAAUUCUCCAUGUCUGUAUGAAUUUCUAGGUAUUUUUCAGUUUUAAUUAAACAUUGAGUUGAUUUGAAUUAAUCUUAAGUAAAAUCUUUUGUCUAUUUGAGUGUCUGGUUUAUAUGUUUGAUUUGCCACUGAGAGCUUUUGAAAUACUUUAUAACUUGUCCUUUACACAUUAGCAGGGUAGUGCAUUUUCUACAAUCUACCUCUUUUGACAUCUGUUUAUGUCCUUUGCAGGCAGUAGGACAGCUAUAGAAGACCUCUUCCAGUAGAACAGCCUUGACACUUAGAGAAACAUUUCACUUUAGGACAUUGUUUUAAUUGAUAUCGUGGGUAGAAAAGCAGUUUUCAAGAAAGUAAUCCAAAUGUUAUGCACACUGUGUCCGAUACCUGAGUAAUCAGUGCUUUGAACUUGAACUGGUACUAUAUUGAACAGUUAAUUUUGUUGCCAAUUGGCCUCAAGAAAAAGCUGCACUUUACAAAACUGAAAAGAGGCCUAAAGAGAUGGUUACUGUAUUUUUAUUUUAUAUAAAAAUCUAUAACUUUAUUGAGUAUAAUUAUUCACUUUGAGAUAUGUAUUUGUAAAAAAAUAAAGUCAAAGAAAUAAUAAAGACAUUAUUGUGAAAAGAAGUGUCUU